AUGGGCCAAUUCUACGAAACCUUCCCGCCCUCCCUGGUGCAAUGGCUCCUCGAGCAAAAAGUCUUCUACAUCGCCUCAGCCCCCCUAUCGGGCGCCGGCCACGUCAACGUCUCUCCGAAGGGCGUGUCCGACAAAGGCGGACCCUUUUUCGGCGUGAUCAAGGAAUCAAAGUCGAAGUCGAAAUCACAAUCGCAAGCACAAGCACAAGGCCGCACGCGCAACCCUGACGAGGAGUCCCGCCGCACCGCUCCCGCAGACGACAAAGACAUUCUCAUUCGCCAGUUCUGGUACAUGGAUCUCACGGGCAGUGGGAUCGAGACGACGAGCCACUUGCACGAGCCGGGCAACGGGCGGAUCACGGUCAUGUUUAACGCGUUCAACGGCCCGCCGCGGAUUUUGCGGAUCUUUGGGAAAGGAACACCCCUCGAAUACGGCACGCCCGCGUUCGACGAGAUCGUGCGGUCCCAAGGCGUGACGAUCAUCCCGGGCACGAGGAGCAUUGUGUUAGUCGACAUCCACCAAGUCGGCACGUCCUGCGGGUUCAGCAUGCCGUGUUAUGACUUUGUCAGCUUUCGGCCGACGUUGAAUGAUUUCUUCGAGAAGCGGCUCAAGAGCGAGAGGGAGGGGAAGCGCGAGGACGGGAUUGAGAGGUACUGGGCCUACAAGAACGCAUGGAGCAUGGACGGCCUCCCCGGGAUGCAGCGCGGCGUCAAGACCGCACUCACCGACAACGUCAAGCCCAUCAAGAAGAUGGUCGGGCCGUAUGCGCCCGAGGUCAGCCGGGUCAGAAAGUCGACGCGAACGUUUACGAUAUGGCAUUUGAUCCUGGCGGCGGUGCUGGGGGCGCUGAGUAUUGUGGCGGUGGGGUUUAUUGUCGUGAGAUCUGGAUCCGUGGCGGUAUGUUAUGGGAGGGAAUGUGCCACGAUGUAUUGUGUUGGGUAG